UCUCUCGUUCCUACUACUAAACAGAUUACUCAUAUCACUGCAUUAAAUUAAAAAAAAGCAGCCCCAUAAACUUUAAGAGGAAAGAGAGAGAGAGAAAAGGGCCCUCUGCGCCUCCGUUUCAUGCUUAUAGUGCAUCGGCGUUUGUUUCCUUCAAGUCUGUCACUUCUUAUUUUCCUUUCCUAUUCCUUUCCUUUCUUUUUGUUCUUAGAACUCUGAUUGAAUAUGUUAUAGUCCAACAUUUUCUAAAUGCUUAUUUACCUUUCCUCCCAAUCUCAAUAACACCCUCCCCUCCCCUCCCAUCCUCUUCACUUUCUUUCUCUCUUUCUCUUCCUGCGACGCCUUUGUUAAACGCGUCUGAAAAGCUGAACGCCAACCCCACCAUCGUAAUACUCUCCGAGUCGGAAACGUCCAGCGUCCACCUAGUGCCUCAGGUUACAAUGGAUAGCCUAAAGCAAUCGUCCUCUACGCGAGAAGGACAGAGCAAGGAAGGCUCCCCAAUACUGAACGCCGGCCAGCCGUCGGGAUCACAUAAUGAUUCCCUACUCCCUACACAUAACGAGAAAGCUCCACUCCGCCGCCAUAGGCUGUUCCGCAUCGAUACCGCUGGCGAGAGUGGACGAAGUGGAAUACACCCAGUUCACUUUUUCGGAGUGUGCUUCAAGAGCACCUGUACUCUGUCAAUGCUGGUAAAUGUCCUCUGGCCGUUUGUUCCGGCGGCUAUCGCCAUCCACUUUGCUCAUCCUGAUCUUCACAUCUGGAUCUUUGCUCUUAAUUACAUUGCAAUGGUCCCUUCAGCGAACUUACUCGGGUUUGCAGGGGGAGAACUCGCGAAGAAGCUCCCCAAAGUCCUCGGUGUUUUGCUUGAGACAACGUUGAGUUCGGUGGUGGAGAUCGUUCUCUUCAUGGUCCUGAUCCAUAAGGACAAAAACGGCAGCCUGAUUCCGGUCAUUCAAGCAGCUAUCCUCGGUUCCGUGUUGGCAAAUCUCUUGCUUUGUUUGGGCCUAUGUUUCUUCUUUGGGGGUAUGGGCCGUGAGCACCAGUCGUUCCACGAGGCCGUGAGCGAGGUAGGCACUGGGCUCCUCCUGGUCGCUGGGUUUGGUCUCUUAAUCCCAAGUGCAUUCUUCUCGGCAUUGAGUUCAAACAGCUCGAAGACAACCAUCACCGAGGAAGUCCUGUCCCGCUAUACUUUGGUAAUUAGCAGAGCCACCGCUGUUAUCCUCCUAGUCGCUUUUCUGAUGUAUCUAUAUUAUAACCUACAUAGCCAUCACAGUAUAUUCGACGAAGUGCUUGAAUUGGAUGAACAUAAAGAUGAAGAUCGGGAGGAAGAAUUGAAACGCGCAAAGCUCACGCUGGUCGAGUGCUUCGUGGCCAUCUCAGUAUCCGUCGCAUGCGUCUGCAUGUCCGCUGUUUUCUUGGUCCAGGAGAUUGAACAUGUUGUCGAUGAAAGAGGCGUAUCCGAUAAUUUCAUGGGCCUGAUUCUCGUCCCCCUUGUAGAGAAAGCUGCGGAGCAUUUAACAGCCAUUGACGAAGCCUGGGAUAAUCAAAUUAACUUUGCACUCUUCCAUUGCCUCGGCCCUACCAUCCAGACUGCUUUGCUGAAUGCACCACUUGCGGUCAUUGUCGGCUGGGGCCUUGACAAGGAUUUGGGUCUCAACUUCGAAAUCUUCAUGAUUGUCUUAGUAGUUUUGUCCAUUUUGGUCGUCGGGAAUUUCCUGCGGGAUGGUAAGUCCAACUGGCUCGAGGGGGGACUCUGUGUGCUUAUCUAUGUGAUCAUUGCGGUCACUACGUGGUAUUACCCCCAAAUUCAGCAUGAGGGAGCGUCCACUCAUCAUGAGACAUAAACAUGCCCGGAAACUUAGGUACUGUAUAUAGACUUGUAGCAAAUCAAUUUUUAACCCAGUAGGAUACGAUCUAUCUGGAUGAAAGAUAACAUUAGUCUAACAUUAAAACAAGGAGUGGUUAGC